AUGCUCGCGUGGUACCAGAGAUGUCUUAUCCAGCGUCCUCUCUUGACGCAGAGCCUCACCACAGCGACCCUCUUCGCAGUAGGUGACGGGCUCGCCCAGCAAGCCGUCGAGAAGAAGGGCCUGCCCAAUCAUGAUGUAACCCGAACUGGACGGAUGGCUUUGUAUGGUGGUGCUGUUUUCGGCCCGGUCGCCACAAAAUGGUUCCAAUUCCUCCAGAACCGCAUCCAGCUUUCAACACCAACCAAGACUCUUGCUGCGCGCGUUAGUGCUGACCAGCUCGUCUGCGCUCCUACCAUGAUUGGUGUCUUUCUCACCAGUAUGUCUGUCAUGGAGGGCGUUGAUCCUCAGGACAAGCUCAAUAGGACGUACUGGGAUGCCCUGCGCGCCAAUUGGAUGCUUUGGCCGGCGGUUCAGACCCUUAACCUUGCUUUGGUGCCGUUGCAGUACCGUGUGUUGACGGUUAAUGUGGUUAAUAUUGGAUGGAAUUGCUUCCUGAGCUUGGUUAAUAGCGUCCCCCAUGGGGAUGAGGUUGCGCCGGGAGUUUGA